GGCGCUGCGCGCGGCUCCACUUGAAGGCGACUCCAUCACCCCUAGGCAAGCCUCGGGGAGAAGCUACGCGGCAUUUCCAAAGACAAAACGAUGCAUUGUUCCAACGCAUGAGCUGCUCCACGGUCGCACGGUGAAAACCCGCACAGCUGCAGAGAAGAAGAAAAAAAAGAAGCAUAAUCGCGCAGCGAAGGUAUAGCGCACGGCGCAUCCGGGACGGAUCAUGCACUGUCAAGCCGAGCUGAGGCUCUCCUCCCACGGGCAGCUCAAGGCUGCCAGGCGGCGCUACAAGACUUUCAUGAUCGACGAGAUCCUCUCCAAGGAGACGUGUGAUUACUUUGAGAAACUUUCUCUGUAUUCCGUGUGCCCGUCGCUCGUCGUGCGGCCGAAGCCCCUUCAUUCAUGCUCGGGCCCCUCGUCGCUGCGCGCCUACCCGCUCCUCUCGGUCAUCACGCGGCAGCCCGCCAACCUGCCCCUCCACCUUCCCCGGCCGCCGUCCCCGGCCCCGCUCGCCCUGCAGCAGCAGCACCCCGGGAGGGGCCCCGAGGCCUCGCCCAGCCAGACGCCGCUCAGCGUCAGCAGCGAGUCGGACGCCGAGCGCAGCACGCCGCGCCUGAAGAAGCCGCGCCGCAGCCGCACCAUCUUCACCGAGCUGCAGCUGAUGGGCCUGGAGAAGAAGUUCCAGAAGCAGAAGUACCUGUCCACACCCGAUCGGUUAGACCUGGCCCAGUCGCUGGGACUCACGCAGCUCCAGGUGAAGACGUGGUACCAAAACAGGCGCAUGAAGUGGAAGAAAAUGGUGCUCAAAGGAGGUCACGAGGCCCCGACUAAGCCCAAGGGAAGACCCAAGAAGAACUCCAUCCCCACCACGGAAGAAAUAGAGGCCGAAGAGCAACGGAUGAAGGUGGAGGAAGAGGACAGGAUGAGGAUGGCGACGAGGGAAGGACCGGCGGGCGGAGGCGAGGCGCCUCAGCUGGAACCUCAGGAUCUCAGCUCGCCGGCGGCGGCGGCAGAGGCGGGCGAGCGGGAGCCGGCGCCGCUCCGGAUGCCGACGGAGACUCAUCCGGCCAGUUAAGCCGAAGCGAGAGAAAAACCCCAAAAGACUGACGCCUACCUGAAAACAACUGGUGCCUCAGGGUCCCUGUUAAAGGGGCCCGUUUCGCUUUAACAAGUUGCCUAGGAAACGUGUCGCCGGGAGUCCAAUCUUUACCUAACGAAGCCUUUUAUUCAGUUCAUUUUGUGUUCGAAAAUGUGCCGUACCAAGACACGGGUAAAUAUUUGGCCUUUAGGAAGUGUUUAUUAGCAGGAGCCGGGGCAUAAGGAGUGUAAAUCUGUCAAAUGGAAGGUCGGGUCAGUCGCACCGCCGCCCAACUCCCAAUCGCGCAACGAGGAAGCGGCGGAGCUCACCGCCGAUCUCCUGAGCUGCCUCACAAAGUGCACGUGCCAAAAUAUCAAGAUUUGCCUUAACUGUGGUGUCUCGACGUAUUUAUGUGUUAUGAAAUCACUUCAAUGCCAAAACUAGAUCCUACUCGACGGCCGCAGUGCCUUUGUCGGUCUCAGAGGAAAGCUUUUAAAGUGUUUAUAGAAGAACGCAGGUGUAUUUUUUACAAAUAUUCUACUUUUGGAGUUGUAAGGUUUUACAGAGCACCUCUAUGUUUAUUGUGGAGUUCCUCUGCACUGGUUUAAUGCCUACAUAUUUCAUGGUUUGGUUAGUAAAGCUUGCAUUUUUUAUUUUUCGAUCUGAAAAAAAGAACAAUAUUUCUGCUAAGCCACUGUAUCAUACUGUAGAAAUGUGUAUAAAGUAAAAAAUAUAUGGUCUUUCAUAUAUAUAUAUAUAUACACAAUAUAAAUAUAUAUAUAUAUAUAUAUACAAUAUAUAUAUACUGUGUAUGAGUGUAAAACAGUAUUUUUAACUGCUGUUUUAAAUUGGAUUAAAAUAGUUUGUAUGUAUAAUGUUACCGCUGUCCCGGAUCUUUCUUCCCCUUUCCUCUGGAAUUAGGAGGACUCUACUUUCUGCCACGAGGACACUAAGACUCUUAGUCUGUCAGAGUUUCUCAGAGGGCAUAGAUUUAGACCCAGUGCCAAAGAUGUGCGGGAAUAUCAGAGCCAUUCAGCCUGCAGACGUUGCAUGAGUUCCCCAAACAGUAUUUUAAACUUGCUUUGACGUAACUCUGUCUUCUCUUUCCUUUACUCUGUUUUUGUUCCCCUCUCAAAGACGUGUAAUUAAAGAGUUUCACUCUUUGAACUCCACAGAUUUAUUUUAGUUUGUUAUUGUUUCAUAUAAAAAGUGCAGUAUUUUUCUGAUGUAAAUAACGUUGGUUUGCUCAAUCCGUUUGCAGUUUUUUUUAAGUUUGUGUACAAUCAUUUUUACUAUAUGCAAGUGUGUGUUUACGUAUUUAAAUACACCUAAUA